AGUUAAACAAGGUUGUAUUUUUAUACCCCGAAGUCUGACCUUUUUUCCUGGUUUACACAUUAAGACCUUCUACAUUGAUGAACUCUCCAAUUUACAAUGUUAAGAAUUCAAGUUUAGAAAAUAAAGUUUUAGGCGGCAUGAUACCAAAAGAUUUUUCGUCUGAAGGAUAAUCUUCAUUGAUGUCAUGGAUAAGAAAAUGAGCAGCAAACUCAUAUCAACUCUUAUUAUCACAAUAUUGUUUACAAAAGAUAACUUCAUCUGUGACUGCAAAGUUUGUGAAAUAUUGACAAAAACUGUAGGAGUAGUCUCAAAAUGCCCUUCAAAUAAAAAGGAAAUGGAAGAAGUUUCAAGACGAAAAAAUUGUGAACAAUAUGUGAAAAAAGCUGAAGUAAACAAAUGCAGUGACUAUGAAAAAAUACGAUAUCAUUGCGUCAUUAAUGCUUUCGGUAAUCAGACAAUUGAGAUAUGUGCACCAGAGAAAAGAAUUAAUGGUUAUUGCACAGAGUUUAAUGAAGAAGUAGGACAAAUACAAGCUAAUUUUUACCUAGACUGUACACAAUUUUUGCCACCCUGUAAAAGCCAUUACAAUUCAGCUGAGGCUUACCUCUAUAAAAAUUGCUACAAUUAUACUAACAUACAAGAAGUUGUUAAGAGCACAAAAGGUGGAAAUAUAAUACAAAUACAAGAAAAAGAUGUCACAAAUCAGUUGUCUUCUCCUGUCGCUUAUAUGCUGAGUUAUUCAAAAAUCAUAGAACCAAUCUCAAUGGUAAUAAUUAUAUGUAAUGUUGUCUUACUGAUUAUAAUAGUCAUUUUGUAUUCUGGGAUUUUGCCUAAGUUUGUGCGAUAUAUAAUAGGGGAAAAGGAAAAGGUUCAGCACAACGACCCAUUUCAGGGCCAUCCUAGGCCUAUUGAUGAAGAGGAAAGAUUGAAUGCAGAUGGUUUAUGAGUACCAAAGUAAUGAUCUUUUGAUAACGAAUUAAAAAUGAAUUACUGAUGAAGCGGUACAUGCAAUUCCUUUCAGUUCAUGAAGACGUACAUAAAAUAUUUUGCUUGAACUUAAAUUGGCUGAUUGUGUGUUGUAUAAUUGUAGCACUCUGAUAAUUGUUUAUGUGAUAUUAUAGCUGCGCAACUAAUUAAUAGGUUUCUUUCAUCGAUUUCAUUGUUUUAUAUGGGUUUCGUUCGGAAUUAUUCGGAUUUUUUAAAACAAAAUAUUUAGUUUUUUAUAU